GCGUCGCGCGGUGCAGAACGGAUCAGAAAGCGUCAGUGUGCGGUGGAGGAGCUGUCGCUAGACACACGCACAUACACGAUCGUCACCAGAUCCAGGUGCCAGGUGCGAAAUCACACGACCGGUUUUUUUUACCGCGCAUCAAAGGUGUCUGCCCCCAGCACAAACAGAAACCCGACGUCUCCCGUCAAUCAAACUCCUCAUCUCCGUGGCAGUCGCGCGGCGCACGUGUCUUCGUGAUCAACCAGCUCGCUGGGUUCGACCAGAGCCUUGACCAGCCCGGCCCGGCAAUGAACGAGUGGAACGAGCUGCUCAAGGCGGAACUGCUGCCCCCGACCGGCAGCUUCCGGACGGAUGGGGAUGCACCCGGCAGCAUCAAGUGUGCCGGCCUGUUCCAGGGCAGCGUUGCAGCGCCGGGCGACUGCGGGCUCUAUCACCGGCACCCGCAAAAGGGCAUCGCCAACCCGCCCGUCCUGGAGGAUGCGACCGAGAAGCACGGUUCCUCGUCCGCUCUGGCACCGGUCAGCUGGCGCGAGAAGGUGGUCGCGUACGACGAAGCGCCGGAACAUCUCCGGUUCAAUCCGUUCAUACGCACCGGCUACCGGACGUACCUGUCCGCGCGCCUCUGCCUCGAGAGCAUGUUCUGGUGGACGAACGAGACGGUCAACAUCUGGAGCCACAUACUCGGCCUGUGCGUGUUUCUCAUCCUUGCCUACUACGAUACCGCAAUGCUGCAGAUACAGGCCAGCACGACCGACAAGGUGAUCGUGGGCAUGCUGCUGCUCAGCUUUCAGCUCUGCAUGAUCUUCUCCUCGAUCUACCACACGUUCUCGUGCCACUCGGCAGACAGCUACGAUCGGUUGCUCGCGUUCGACCUGUUCGGCAUCGCCCUGUCGCUGCUGGCGAUCUUCAUGAGCGGCAUCUACUACGCCUUCUGGUGCAAUCAGCCCCUGCGCGACUUUUACAUGAUCACGAUCGGGGUCAUCUUCACCGCGGCCAUGGCCCUGCAGAUACCGCAGCUGAACGUCCACUCGAACGUGAAAAUGCUGGCGUUCGUCGCCUGGGCCGCGUACGGCGUCGUACCGACGCUCCACUGGUACUUCGUGAUGGGCGGCACCGAGAGCACGAUGGUGAAGAUCUUCAUACCGCGCGUUGCCGUGAUGUACGCGCUGUCCGGGUUUGCCUUUCUGAUCUACGUGGCCAAAAUUCCCGAACGCUGGUGCAUCGGUUGGUUCGACUGCAUUGGCCACUCGCACAAUUUGUGGCAUUUAAUCGUGCUGGCGGCACUGUGCUACUGGCACAACAGCGGCAUGAAGUACGUCGAGUUCCGGAUGACACACGGAUGCUCGGCCGGCGUCCAGUACGCGUAGUUCGCCGUAUCGCCCGGGGUUGCCCCCUCCCCCGAAACCCAACAAUGCGCCUUGAUGCGUUUCGCGGACCGCGAGAGCGUAUCGAAGGUGCACAGAUUAGUCGGAAAAUGGUGCUGUUUUCAGUGUGAAGGAUUGCUGCAAGCGGGGGAAAAAAUGGAAAUGUUUAGAUGUUCAGGUCAUUUUUUUUUUGUGUGUGCCAGACAGUGCGGCGGGAAGUGGUAGACCCUGGCGGAGGCUACCCGACCUAGGCUGCUCUAGAGGAUGCUCUAGCGAGUGCUCAGGUUUUAGUGCACCGGUCCAGCAAACGCGCUGGGGGCUACCCUUUUUCUCGCGCCUGUCGGGUCACUCCAUCAUAACACUUGACAAGGUCUGCCGGUAACUCCAGCGUCUCCAGUCUGCUUUCCUUCUGAGUGACUCCUCGGCGGGGCUUCGAUGGUGGCACUGGAAACCAGUUCUACAUACCGGAAGCACCGCUGGCAGGACAAAAGAGAGCGUUAUGACGGUUUACAUCCAAAGGUUUAACACGCGACAUGGAAACGCAUCUCCGGCUGGAUGUUAUUAGUAGUAAGCGCCUUUCUCGUAUUGCGAUUAAGCUGUGGAAAUACGUUUUUGUUUGUUCUAUGCAUAGGUCUAGGUCUGUAAAUUCUGCGUUUGAUCGAAAAGCAUCCAAUAAGAAGGGUCAAGAAGGGUUCGUCAACAAACGCACACGAGAAGAGACUGAGAAGAGGACAAUAAAAUGAAAAGAGAGAGAGAGAGAGAGAGAGAGAGUAAGAGAGAGAGAGAGAGAAGGAGAGAGAGAGAGAGAGAGAGAGAGAGAGAGAGAGAGCUGUAGAGGGAAGGGCUGUUUGCCUUUCUACGAAAGGCCGUUUCCUUAGAACGUCAAAAUCGUAACUGUCAUGUCAGGAACCGACCAACGUAGGCAUAGAUGAUGGAUGUACAAAGAAUAACAAAAACAAGGUAAAAAGAACGCUAAAGCUCGUGAUAUAAACGCAGUAACAUACGUAAACCAAACUUACGAAUCUAGCGCCCUGCGAACGAGGCAGAGGGUGCCCAAAUCUUUUUCACGAAACGGGGUAACGUAGCAGGGUAGAGUUAGCUGUACAUUGUACUAUCGUAGUAGAUUAGAAUUUAAGAUUCUGUAGAAGCACAAGAGGAGAAGCCGCUUUCGCUUCGGGACUUACCAAACGCGCACAGGGACGCCAAAGUCUGUCAGACUUUUCAGGAUUGCUCAAUUAUCUUAGUGACGAUGCUCAAAGUGGGACGCGGUAGCAAGUUGUUGACUUGGGCAAGCUGUUAUUGGUACAUGAGGCUCUAAGAAGACUUUAGAUUGGGUAUAGGAAUGAUACGUUGACAGAUUGACCCCAUCUUUUAACUCCACAUGUACGCAAAGCUGCGAAAGAAAGCUAAGAGUAAUAAUAAGUUGUAAAAAUGUUGAU